UCAGCCGGAAGUAGUCACAAUAGGGAGAGAAAACUCUUUUCGUCUGUUUCAGUUUAGUGUUACACGACGAGCAAAAGCCAUUGAAAUGAAUAAAUGUGUAAGAACAAGGUGUUUGUCGGCAUAAGCAUGGUUUGGGAUGUCAGUGGAGGACAUUGACCACACUAAUGUUUAAAGAUGUCAGACACCAUCUAUAAUUUGCUGAAUUAGUGUUACGAAUGUCUCUAACCUUGACGACGAUGAGCGGAAGAACAGUGACCGGUGACCAGCAGCAGUGGUCGAGGUCUGGAGAGAUGCAGCAUUCUCGUGGACCAUACAUCUCAGUUAUCACCAACAGGACGACCAACCUGUUGAUCCGAGGGGCCAUGUUGUUCUCUGUGGGCGUCUUCCUGGCCCUGGUGCUUAACUUACUUCAGGUACAGAGGAACAUCACCCUGUUUCCCCCUGAUGUCAUAACCAGUAUCUUCUCCUCGGCCUGGUGGGUGCCGCUCUGCUGUGGGACAGCUGCAGCAAUGAUUGGGCUGUUGUACCCCUGCAUCGACAGCCGUCUGGGUGAACCACACAAGUUCAAGCGGGAAUGGUCUAGCGUGAUGCGCUGCGUGGCUGUGUUUGUGGGUAUCAACCACGCCAGUGCUAAAGUGGAUUUUGCCAACAAUGUUCAGCUGUCUCUGACUCUGGCAGCUCUUUCCAUUGGCCUGUGGUGGACAUUCGAUCGCUCCCGCAGUGGCUUCGGUCUGGGAAUCUGCAUUGCCUUUUUGGGUACGCUGGCCACCCAGCUCCUGGUUUACAACGGAGUUUUCCAGUAUACGUCGCCUGAUUUCCUUUACAUUCGCUCGUGGUUACCCUGCAUCUUCUUUGCAGGAGUAAUAACUAUGGGAAACAUUGGACGGCAACUAGCUUUGUAUGAAUACAAAUUCAUUCAGGACAAGAGCCAUCAGGACUGAGGGAUGUCUCUGCUGCAUCAGACCUCUGCUCAGAAUGACUCUUUGCACCAACCUGAAGCCAGGUGCAGGUUAUCAGCAUGGACUACAGCUGGCUGAUGAGCCAGUUGGGCCGUUUAAAUCGAGCCCUGAAAUCUCGAUCGGCUGCUGCGCUGUAUUUUUGACUGGCUCCGUCAGGCCUUCUGCUACCACAUUAUAUCCAUGAACUGACGUGAAUAAUGAGAGUGGAGUUUCUCUCUUUCCUUUCCUCUACUGCGGUUUAUCUGUAAUAGACAUGGAUUAGCAGAUAAGCAGCCAACAUUCCUCAGAUCAGCUUAGAUGUUUGCUCCCUUGGCUCAAUUGUGCCAAACAGAAUCUGUGGGAUCUGUUUAUUUAUCUGCCCUCGUCUCAUGAUUCUUCCUCAUCUGUCAUAUAUCGGUGGGGAACACACAGCCUAGUGAACAUAUCCAGAUGCAUCUAUGUACUGGACUUCUUUUUUAUGUAAUUACCCAUAAUCUACUUUUAGAUGUUCUUCAUGAAGAGAUGUUGACAGGUGCUGGUGCUAAAGAAACAGGAUGUCCAGUGUUCCCCUGUAGUGGGUACAUGUAAGAGCCCAUUAUUUUGUGCAUUAAUAUGUACAGUAUCAUCAGGUCAAAAAACACCGAUAAAUGUCUUUGGGUUUAGGGUUAGAAGUGAACAACACAUUUAGAAAUAGAAAUUCCAUCUAUAUAUGAAGAAUAUGGUGUUAAUUAGUUUAAAACUAGUUACUGUUUUUAUUUCAGGGAGGAAGACUUGGCCCAAAGUCUUCCUGCUGCCUUUUAGUUGCUUUUGUUUGCUUUCUCCAAACAGGAAGAAUGCCAAAACUUCCCAGCUUACUUUGAAUGGUGUUGUCCACCUAAUGUAUGACAGCAGAUAAUGGCGUAACGGUGAUGGAACUUCACACUGAAUCAAAUAAAUUCUCUCUGGUCAAACUGGGUUUGCUGUAAGGAGAUUUUCUGCUUCUACCAAAAUCUGUUUUUGUUUGGUUGUUUUUUUGUUUUUUGUUUUGCUUUCAUUGUGAAGAGAGUGACUUUUGUAAAAUGAGCAGUCACAAACCUGUUUGUGCAACUCAUCAUUUCAUUAAAGGCUGAAAUCACCUGGCAUGCAACAAAAGAGUUCCUUUCACUGCAAUAAAGUCCAUUCUUCCCCA